AUGUUUCGCAGUAUUGUAUUAUCUGCAUGUAUAUCUUCUUGUUUGGCCGUGACAUGCUAUGACUGUUACAAUACCGGUCCGAACCAUGAAAACUGUACCAGGGAGAGAAAAUGUUCAGGGCUCGCCUGUGUGAUCUCAACCCAAAACAGAAACCACAGCUGCUGGUUGGAUCCGGAUGGUCGUGGACGACAUUGUAUAUGCUAUUCAGAUUUCUGCAAUGAUCUCAUUGGUACGGCCAUAGAAUUUUUUUUACGAUACCUCAUUAGAGUCCAUUAUAAAAAUUGUGAAGACGCCAGUAAAUUCCCAAUUUGUCCUUCUCGCUGUCAUGUUUUCUUUCCAGAGUUCUCUUGA